GACAAGGACUAAGCACAUCCCGGACCAGCAGGUGUUCCCAAUGGCGGAGCAGUUGGACCAACAAGUCACCACUUUGAUGCCUUUGGAAAAAAAUGGCAAGGAAGGAAGACAUUCCAUGAUCGCUGCAUGCUUUAAUUUUGUCAAUUCCAUCGUAGGAUCCGGUAUAAUAGGUUUACCAUAUGCAUUGAACCAAGCCGGGCUCCCGUGUGGCUUGUUGCUGCUGAUAAUGGUUGCUUUCGUCACAGACUACACCAUCAUCCUUCUCAUUCGAGGAGGCAACCUGUCAGGGACCGACAGCUACCAGGCCCUGGUCCGAAGCACGUUUGGUUUUCCAGGGUACUUCAUUUUAUCAGCGCUGCAAUUUCUCUACCCAUUCAUUGCUAUGAUCAGCUACAACAUCACAACUGGCGACACGCUGACAAAGGUCCUAGAAAGACUCCCUGGAGUCGGUCCAGAUCACAUCCUCGCCAACCGUCACUUUGUCAUCCUACUGACCACCCUCCUAUGCACGCUGCCCCUCUCGCUCUACCGCAAUAUCGAGAAACUGGGCAAGGUGUCCUUCAUGUCUGUGGUACUGACCAGUAUCAUCCUCAUCAUUGUAAUCAUCAGAGCCGCAACCUUGGGGCCACAAAUACCCCCGACACAGGAUGCGUGGGUGUUUGCAAGGCAGAAUGCCAUUCAAGCGGUCGGCGUCAUGUCUUUUGCGUUCAUCUGUCACCACAACAGCUUCCUCAUCUACGGUUCCCUGGCAGAGCCCACGCUGACCCACUGGACUCGGGUCACGCACAUCUCGGUGGGGACGUCGCUCGCCAUCAGCGCCGUGUUCGCACUGGGGGGCUACGUCACCUUCACGGGAUACACGCAAGGAGACAUAUUUGAGAACUUCUGCAGAGAUGACAUCCUGGCAGCGGUUGGACGCUUCUGCUUUGGCGUCAGCAUCAUCACCACCUUUCCACUGGAGUGUUUUGUUACUCGAGAGGUGGUGUCACAUGCUGUGGGCUGGCGGGAGCUGUCCGGACUGGAGCACACGUCUCUGACCGUCAUCAUAGUCGCGGCCUGCACAGCCAUCUCUCUGGCCUACGACUGUCUGGGAAUCGUCCUGGAACUGAACGGCGCGGUGAGCGCCACGCCGCUGAUCUUCAUCAUCCCCUCCGCCUGCUACCUCAAACUGUCCUCGGGUCGCCGGUACCACCGGGACCACUGGAUCCCCGCCUUGCUCAUUCUCGUGGGAGCCCUCGUCAUGGUCAGCAGUCUGACCCUGACCUUCCUCAACCCCCAGGACUGUUCUCACGGGGCCGACUUGUUCUACUGUGGGGGGGCUAAUGUCUCUGCCACACUACCACCUCUAUGAGUAUGACACGCCCCCUUGACACACGUGUAUAAUGUCUUAUAUUUAUCACCUUGUUUACUCCUUUAUGUUUACAUUUGAUGGAAGUGGAAGCGUGAAAGAAAUACACUAUAUUGCCAAAAGUACUUGGCCACCCAUCCAAAUGAUGAGAAUCAGGUGUCCUAAUCACUUAACCCGGUGUAUCAAAUCAAGCACUUAGGCAUGGAGGCCGCUCUCAGUGAUUUCCAGCGUGGAACUGUCAUAGGAUGCCACCUGUGCAACAAAUCCAGUCGUGAAA